AUGUCGAAUCCAGCCGAUAGACCGUGGACUGAGGAGGAGAGGUAUGCGCUGCUCACGGAGAUCCUCAAAAAGGCCUGUAUCUCGUCUGCUCAUCUCUUUCGCUUGAUCAACGAGUUCCGUGUGUCUCCUAGCUGGCACGAUAUCCCUCUACCUCAAGGUCGCUCGCUUAACUCGUGCAAAAUGGCUUUUUACAACAUGCAACAAGGACAGCCAGGAGUCCAAGCCCAAGGACCAGGACCAGGACCAGGACCACCGAUAUCUCAUCCACUACCGGCUCCAAUUCUGCGCCCCGAAUUGACCGGGACCUCGCCGCCCAUAGAUCCAAUGCUUCGCAAGCGACCGCUCUAUCCAGCAGAGAAAUCAAUCGCUCCACGCGCCAUUCAACCCAGACCACCAGCUAGUACCGCAUCCUAUAGCAGCGAAAGCUCCGCUCAGCUAUCACCACGAUUCGACAUCUCCACCGGCGAGCCCCCGCGCAAGCGAGGCCGUCCCAGCAAAGCCGAAACCGAGCGCCGCAAAGCAGCUGCCGAAGCCCGCGGCGAGCCCUACCCACCACCACGCCGUUCCGGCUCAGAACGACUCAAAAUCUCCUCGCCAUCAAGUCCCGCAGGUCCCGGUUCCGGUCCAGGCCUUUCAAUCGCACCGUAUCGGGCUCCCCCACCACCACCAGGCUAUGAAGUCCCCUCACGUCCAAUUGCACCCGUCCCAGAACGCGACAUCCCAACCCGUAUGGGCAUGCGAGAACUUCCCAAACCUCAAGAAAUGGGGCCUCUUCCUUCCCCGCACGCCCUACAACUCGGUCCCCCGGAUAGUUUUCCCCCGCGUCUGAACAGCACGAGUGAGCGAGGCUUUUUCAGCGCCAUCCCAUCAGAUCGAUUCUCGCCGGAUAGUCGACGUGACUCGUUGAAUAGUCGUGGUGAACCGCCGUAUGAAGGCCGGCCGAGUACUACGCCUGGAGAUCCGCCGAGAUGA